AUAUGUUUGGACAUGGCUGUCAAGUGCAAAUUUCUUAGUAGAAAUUGUUGUUUUAUGGGUUUCUGUAGAGAUUGCGUUAAAUUUUUGCCAUGUAUUUAUUAUCCAUGAACAUUACACAUCUCCUUCCAAAAGUCUGAAUUCAUAUGAUAAAAAUGGCGACUUCCCAAGAGUCGCUUUUCUCACUGGAACUUGUGGUUGAAAAACUUUACCUGCCUUAUGUCACCUGUAGAUUUCCCGCGGUUGCAUUUAGAUUGCUGGAUUUCCCAGCCAUUCUUAUUAGUCAUGUGGAGAAAGAGCUGUCAGAAGGCAUCAAGUCGAAAAUUAACAGAGAUCCAUACUAUAGAGUUCCAAAUCAGUUUGCAGAAUUGCAGGACAAGCAAGGAAAUUUUAUGGUGAAAAAGGGGAAGUCAUGUCUGUUUAAGAUAUCACUAGACACACUGGCAAUGCAUUUAUCAAAUACCCCGCUGUAUAUAAUGGUUAUUGAUGAGUACCCGGAAGUGCCAAAGCUGUUGGGAAACAGUUCGCUAGCUUUAAACGAAGUUAUAGACUUUAUCAAAUCUGACAUUAGAAAGAAUGGGCAUACUGUUCCUUCAGUUCAUGGUGAUAAGGGACUAUUCAAAAUUUAUAGUCUAAUGGGGAAAGAAAUUGGCUACAUGAUCAUGGGAUUCAGACUCCUGAGUUUAGGUCCUGGUUUGAUUGCACAUUUACCUGCUUCAGCUAUAGCAAAACGUGCAUCAGAAAGGAAUAAAUGUGAGGUGAAACAGUCUGUGAUAGAUGAAAUAAUGGAAAUAAAGGAAGAAAAAGUUGUACAAGCAGUAGCUAAACCUGUCCAUAGUCAAAAGACUGUUUAUAAAAAGCAGGAAGACCUAAAUAAUACAAGAGAAAUGGGAUCAAUGACAGAUGUAGAAAAGCGAGAUGCUCUAAUGCAGACCGUGGAAAUGGAGGAUGAAAAGUUUCAUGUCGAAGUUUCUUCAAAGGAUGAAAAGAAACCAUGUAAAACAAUAGAAACUCAAACAGAGCGACGGCGAAAACAUGUUCCAAAGAAAACUGAAGACUUCCAAAUUCAUGCAGAAGAGAGUGAUAGUGAUGAUGGCAUUUUGAUAAAUCCUAAUAUUAAUUGUCCACCACCACUGUUUUAUAACAGUAAAGCAGAACCUGAUGUUCAGAUUGAAAGAGACGUUAAUGCAUAUUUGGGAUAUUCAAGCACAUUUGAUGAGGCAACAUUAGAAGACUUAUCUGGAGAUGAACAUUUAGAAAAAGUUGAAUCAAACCAAGUGAACAAGUUAAAAAAAGAUAAUGUUCAAACAUCAAAUAUUGUGAAAGAAGUUCCAAAAUUGAAAGAUGCCAAGACAGUAGUGAUAAGUAAUAUAAAAGGUGCUAAUAAGCCUACACAAGGAGAUAUUCCUAGUCUUAACUUACAAGCUCUGAACAUGUCAGAACCAGUGUUUCCAUUAUUGACUGCUUUAUUGACAGAGUUAUCAAAGAUCCAGAACCCACAGUUUAUAAAUCAGGCCAUGCAACAAGUAAAUCAAGUAAAAGGUUUGGCUGAACCUGUAAGAAAAACAUCUGAAGCUCCAGUAAGAGUGCUAAAAAGUAAAUCGGAAGAAAAUAUAUAUGAUAUAGCAGAGGUAGAUGAAAAUGUUUCCCAUGUUUCAGCUAAAAAGAAGGCGAGGAAAAAUAGAUCAGCUGCCCGCCAGUCAGACAGUGUGCCAAAAAACAAAGGUUGGAUAAGAAAAGCUCCCGAAGCUGGUGUGAAGAAAACAAAACUAGUCUUUGGUCUUACAAAUACUCAGAGGUUGAGGCUGGCAAAACAAAAUCCAACUUGGUUAAAAUCGGCAGAGCAGGAUGAGAAAGCAUCUAAAGCUCUAAAACAGCAACAGAAAGUAGCAAAAACUGUCAAAGAACAGGAUUAUGAUGGUGACACUGGUAACUUGUCUGAUACAUAUACUGAAGUUCGGAGACUAGCUGCUGCAGAAUUAGCGAAGGCAACUCUGGGGAAGAGUCAGCUAGUGAUGGAAGACUCAAAGGUGAAGACCAAAAAGAAAUUAACAAAAUCUCGAGAUAACUCUCCAGUGAAAGGCAAGCAGACAAGAAGUAAAUCUCCCAAAGCCACGAAGCUGGGCAAGAGUCUUAAGGGGACGGUACAGGUGAGAGAAGAUACGGACCAGGAUAGUGAAGGAAGAGACCAGGCUGUGCACCUGGAUUCUGAUGCUCGAGAUAUUGCCUCCCCUGACAUGGCUCCAGGGGACAAACUCGACUCUGCAGCUGAUAGUGUACCUAGCUCAAGAUUAGAGGUUCAUAUUCCGAGUGCCAGGGCAUAUGAGAGUGAUGAUCAAGAAAACACAUUCAGUGAUAGUUUUGAGGAAGAAACAGCAACAGAUAGGAAAGAGCAGAAAUACAUGUUCCCAGGAUUUAACGAGGGAGAUGAAACAUUACCAGAGUCUAUUGCCAGAGAUGGUAAAUCUUCAAUGAAUACAACAAUUGAUGAUGAUUCUCCACUAGAGUCCACCAGGAUGUCCAAACAGUUCAAACCUGAUCCUCAAACUGGCGAGUCUGUGUUUAAAUCAACUGAAGAUUACGAUACCAAACAAUUUCAUUCAACCGAUGAACCAGAAUUACAAAAAUUGAUAAGUGAAGAUGAAAAAACCGACACUCUUCCAACACCCGCAACAGACAGGUCAGUGAGAUCGCCAAGUCCUGCUAUGACAAACACAAACACUGGGAGAUUGUCAAUGAAGUUCGAGGUCUUAAAUCCGAAGGCUUCAAAGCAGUCACCACUUCCUGCUGUUCGCCGAUCACAGCAGCUCAGAGUGGAUAGCAUGAACGCUCGUCCAACCCCUACAGACACUCCAAGGUCAAGAUCAUCACAGGGUAGCCCUAGAAAUCCAUCACCGCGUCCCAGAAAGCAUUUGCGAGAAAGGCGCCUCGAGUUUAAAAAGGAGUCUAUUCACACAGAAUCUGUUAGUUCCUAUGUGCCUUCCGAGUCUGAAAAUAUUUUGUCUCUUAUCAGUGAUGGUAGCUACUCAGACGAUUUUCAUAUGAGCAGUGAAAAAGACGAUAGUAGUAAGAUUUCAAUUCCAGAAUUGCCUCGGAUGAUUCCGUCUACAAAACUAGGCUUUACAAUAAGUUAGAUACAAAAAUUACAUACCAUAACUCUGAUACAUUCUCAGGUUAGUGUUUCGGGCAGCAAAGGAUAACUGUGUAGCUUUGGUGGUUAGAAAAUGCAUCUAUAACUAUAUAUCUUUGUUUGUAUAUUAAUAUUGGUUGCUAUCAAAUUAAUUGUAGUAAUGAAAGUGUACGUUUAAUUUCAAAGAGGCAUUAGUUCUGUACUUAUUUCAGGUAUGGACAAAUGUUAUUGAGAAACAAAAUUUUAGUAUGUGCACCAGUAGUUAAUAUAUAUCUAAAGUUUAUUUUCUUUCAUCUGUCACAUGAUUUUUAUUCAGACCUGUUGUUUUUAGGUAAAAAAAAGCAGUUUUUCUGCAUUAAUGAACAGUAAAUAUUGAAAUGAAAGUACAAUGUAUGUUGUUUUGCAAAUCAUGUUGAAGAAAUCCAAGUAUUUAAGUAAGUUAUCUUAUUUUAAAGAAAGGGCUUCCUGUAAAGAAACUUUCAGUUUAUUUCUAUGAUUCUCUGAGGUAAAUGGUGUUCAGCUGCAUUGUUUUAAGACAUCAUUUGAACUAUAUUGUUUUGAGAAUAAGUGAAAAAAACAACAGACGUUAACGUUUGUAGCAUGACAGAUUUUUUAUGCCCCCAAAGGGAGGCAUAUUAGUUUUCAACUGUCCAUCCUUUUGUUAGUUCGUUCGUUCGUCACAACAUUAACUUUUUGCAUGAAGGCACUUUACUCGCGAACCACUGCACCCAGGACCUUCAAACUUCACGUGGUAAUAGUACUUAUUGAGUACAAGACCCCUAUUGACUUUGGGGGUCACCAGGUCAAAGGUCAAGGCGCUGCGGGGGCAUUUGUCACCAUUAGUGACAGCUCUUGUUUAGCUAUACAUUGUAUUUAAGAAGUGUUUAAGAGUUGAGGAAAGAAAAUGGUCAGUAGAAUUGCUUUAUAUCUUUAACUCAAAUCUUGAAUAUCUUUAUUCAGAAUAGCUGUGAUAGUUUUUACUUAUUAUUUUGCCAUUUGUUUCAAUUAAUUAAUCUAUUUGUCUGUUUGUAGAAUAAAAGUAACAAUAAAAAGUCUCAACAUUA